AUGACAACUGAAAUUAAUAAAAAAAUAAAACAAAGAUCAAAGGAAAUACGUAACAAUAUUAAAAACUCCAAAGGCAUUAUUCUUAAUAACAUUAUUUUAAAUGAUGAUUUUACCGAAAUAUAUAACAGAUGUUGUGAAAAUAUCUUAGGAUACAGAAAAGUGCCUUUAGGUGUAUCACAUACACCAAUUAAAAUAAAUAAUUUAGAUUUUUAUAUACCAAUAUGUACAUUUGAAGGUGCUCUUGUUGCUUCAAUGUGUCGUGGAAUUAAAUUAAUUAAUAAAUGUAAUGGAGUAAACGGUUAUGUUGAGAAUCUAGGUAUAACACGCAGUAUAGCAGUUGAGUUUUCUAAUUUUAAAUCAGCUAUACUUUUUUAUAGGUGGCUAAAAGUUAAAGAAAACUUAGAAUUUUUAAAACAAGCAGGGGAGAAAGGUAGUAGAUUUUGUAAAAUAAAGAGUAUUGAAAGUAAGAAUUUAUUUGGAAGUACAGUUUUUAUAAAAAUAACAGCCUAUACUGGAGACGCAAUGGGAAUGAAUAUGAUUACUAAGGCAGCCAAUCAGAUUUUUCGUUCCAUUAGUGAUAUUUUUACUGAUUCAGAGCUAAUAACCUUAAGUGCGAAUAUUUGCACCGAUAAAAAGUGGUCAGUGGAAAAUUACGCGAAUGGUAGGGGUAAAAGGGUUUUUCUAAAUAUUAGAAUUAGUGAAAAAGAUCUGUUAGAUGUAAUGAAAGUUAAUAUAGAUGAUUUAUUAAAAUUGUAUAAUACAAAAAUAGUAUUAGGAGGAAGUAUAAUUUUGGGCGGAUUUAAUUGUCAAGCUUCAAAUUAUGUAGCAGCUACAUUUCUGGCUUUUAAUCAAGAUCUCGGGCAUGUACUUGAAUCAUCAAACUGUAUUUUGGAUAUGAAAAGAGUCGGUGAUACAUUAUUAGAAAUUAAUCUAUUAAUGCCUUCUCUUAUAGUAGGUACAGUAGGAGGAGGUACACACCUAGAACCUGCAUGUGCAUUUUUUAAGCAAUUUGACGGAUUAGAGCCUUUGACUAAUGAUCCACGUGACUUAAGCACCUCUGCUAAUUAUUUGGCUUUAGUAAUAGCAGCAGCUGUUUUGGCCGGAGAAAUUUCAGGAAUGUGUGCUUUAACUAAUAAUACACUAAUUGAUGCACAUAUGAGGUUAAAUAGGAAGCAAUGA